GAGCCCUAAGCCUUGCGCGUGCUCAAGAGCCCGUAGUUUCCGUUUUGUUUACUGAGAGUUGGGGGCAGAUUUCUGCGCCGAGUGCCCUCUGCUUCCCAUCUUUGAAAACACCUAAAUUGCAGAGUCAGCAGCAUACUCCUGACACAACAGGCACGGUCCAUUGAGGAACCCAGAUAUGGAUGCUGAGCAGAACCAGGUGUUGGACACCGAAACAGAGACUCGAGAGCAACAGGAGACUGAAGCAGGAGACUGCCCCCAGUCAAAACUCAACUCUCCAAUAGAGCCUGCAAAAUCACCAGUGAAUGGGCAAGAAAUUGAGCAUUUGCCAGAUAUGGUGACGGAAUCAGGAACGUCAGAAGAAACACAAGAGACAGAGCCUAAAGCAGAAAAAUCACCAAAGAAAAUGUCUGCAUCUCCUGAGAAGGUUCCAGAGACAUCUACAGAAAUUGUGACUAAAGCAGAGAAGUACCCAGAAAAACAACCAGAACUAGAGAGAUCAACAGAGAAGGUCCCUGAGCCAGCUACAGCAUUGUAUGUAGAAUCAGAAAACAUCCAGACCACAGAGCCUGAAAAGCAUCCAAUGCCAGAGAAAACGCCAGAGCCUCUGCCUUUAGAUGAGCCUCUGGCAGAGAAUAACAUUGAAACUGCGCCAGAGAAAAUGGCAGAACCCGGCCCAGAGGCUGUUAAACUGUCUGAGCAGGCAGCGCUCGAGCCUGUCACACAGCAAGAAUCUGAGGACGUGAAACUGCUCGAACCAGAAGAGAAAGAGCCUGGGGAAUCUGAGAAGCAGGCAGAAUCUGAUAUUGUGUUGGAGGUGGAGCCAGAGAUUCAAGUGGAGCCUGAAACUGUAAAGGAAGUGGAGGCAGACAAACAGACCGAAGCUGAAAUUGUACCGGAACCAGAGCCAAAGAAACCAGUAGCGGCUGAGACUGUGAAGGAAGUGGAAGCAGGGAAACCAGUAGCAGCUGAGACUGUGAAGAAAGUGGAAGCAGAGAAACCAGUAGAAGCUGACACUAUGAUGGAAGAGAAACUGGUAGAAGCUGAAAUAGGAAAAGGGGCAGAUGGAGUGGAGCAGCAGAAGGCAGAAGUUGUCGAGCAGGUUCCCACUCCUGGCACCCUGUCUUUUGCCUUCCUGGAGCAUGAGCAGACCAAAGCCACCCUUCGCACCUCUCGCACUCUAAUCAUCCUCAGAGGCCUCCCCGGCAGUGGCAAGAGCCUCUUGGCACGCGCCAUUGCAGAUAGCUACCAGGGUCUCUGCACUGUCUGCUGUGCUGAUGACCAUGGUGUGAAACCGGAGAAUCCAGAAGCAUCAGCAGAUGGGUACAAGGCUUUUGACGAUGCUGUGGUAGCCUGCUGCAGUGUAGGAACAUCUGCUCAAGUGAUAGUGGUGGAUGACACCAACCAUACCCAUGAUCGGCUGGCCCGUCUGGGGGAGGUGGCAGAGCAGCACCGGCUGGUGGCCAUGUUUCUGGAGCCCCGCACUGAGUGGAGCAGAGACUUGCCACAGCUGGCCAAGAAAACUCAGCGGGGGCUAGAGGAGGCCCAGAUCCAGGCCAUGAAAGUUCCCCUUGAGGAGACGUCCCUGCCCCUUUUCUUUGGCUGGUUCCUUCUCCCUGGCAUCCAGGACAAGGUCAGGUGCACGUCCUUGGACUUCCUGAAAACACUGGACACACUUGAGGCCUUCAAGAAGCACUUGCCUGACUUCACUGUUGAGGCUGAGAAGGAGGUGGACCUGGAGCAGUAUUUCCAAGCCAAUGGAACUCUUCAUUGCACUACCAAAUUCUGUGACUAUGGCAAGGCUGAGGGAGCCAAGGAAUAUGCAGACAAACCAGCCGUUAAAGAGUUGUAUGGCUCUGUGUUCGAGUUGUCUCUCAGUGCCCUCUUCGUCACACCUCGCACUGUUGGUGCCCGGGUUUCACUCUCUGAGGAUCAGUUGACCCUGUGGCCUGCCGAUGCUGAGAAGGAGGUAGUGUCUGUAGUCCCGGCCGCCACCACCCUGCCUGCUGGCAGCCGUGCCCACAUCACCUUGGGCUGUGCGGAGGGCGUUGAGCAGCUGCAGACGGGUAUCGACCUGCUGGAGAUCCUAGCGCUGCAGCAAGCGGGGCAGGAGGGCGAGCUGGUGGAGGAGAUGGAGCUUGGCUCCCUGUCCUACUAUGGCAAGGGGAGGUGGCUGCUCAGUCUGAGGGAGCCUGUCUCCGCCCAGGCCUGCUUUUCCAGCCUCUACGGGCCCAAGAAGGCAGACGCCAAGAAAGACGGGGACAAGAAGAAGAAGCAAAAGUGCACCAUUCUGUAAAGGAGAGGGGGAGGGUGGUAAUGGAUGGCUCGGGAUGAGUGGCGUACUAGUGUUCUGAUUUGUCUGUGGGGAGGUUUGUGUGUUUGUGCUACUUUUGGGGUUUGGGAGGCGUCUUGGAUAUCCCACCCCAAAUCCACAAGCUGUGUGCCUUUCUCUAUUGCUUUGCUGCACAACCCAAGAGGCCUUUAAACCACAGUUUAGGUCAAGCUUAGCAUCUUGUUCAGUGUCUUGUCAUGCGUUUUAGUGCCAUAGUUGCAAUUGGAUAGGAUUUCCAUAGACGAGGCCUGAUUUCAUGGCUCAGUUGCAGUUUAGACAGAUGUAGUAGGACUGCUUUACCUAGUACCGCUUCUCCCCGUUUGUGACCACGAUUUUCCCUACUCAAUUCAUGUAUAACACUAUAUUCAACCCCUUCCGCAUAUGUCAGUGUUAAGCAUUUAGAUGUGUUUUCAUGUUUGAUGUGAGUGGCUCAAAUAGUAUUUUCAUUGCAUGCCAGGUUUUUCAGUUUGUCAGACGUAGUUAUAGUCAUGAUUAGCUCGUUCGCAAAAAAAGUUACAUCUAUUUCAGUAAUUUCUUGUGACACUGGUCAUAAUUUCCUGUGGUAUAGUUAGUCAGCCCUGUCGUGUUUGUGCAUUUGUAUGCGUGUGUUUGGUAAGAAGGAAAGAGCUGGGGAAUUUCAUAAGUAGCACAUGGGCCAAAAAGGGUGUCUGUAUGCUUGAUUUCAUGUGCUGAACUGUGAAUGUCAUUCAUAGAGGCCCUUCCUAAUUAACUAUUUUUGCACGAUGCUGGAGAAAUCAAAGGGAGAAUGCUGAUGAGUGUGCAGUUUGUUUCAUUAGCGGGCACUUACUUGGUACUUAUCGAAUGCUGUGAAACCAAGGCCACAAUUUGCAAUCUAAUGUAGUAUAGGAGACUGCAGCCUGGGAUCAGCCCUCUUUCUGUCAACCAGUUUUCGCAUGUCAACUUGUAUGUAUCCACUGUCUGUUCAUUAGUGAUGUGUAGGUUUCUUAAGGCAAAGCCAUGCUUGUGUAGUUCUUCCAAUGAGUCACAAUUUUUGCACAUGUUUUGUACACUUAAUAAAAUAAUUUGCUUUGCUCCAAA